AUGAAUACUUUUUACCGAAUUUUAUAUGCUGUAUUGUCAAUAAACGCAUCAUCAUCAUAUGGCUAUGAUUUUAAUCAAGAAAGCUUAACACAAGAGUACAGUAGCUGCAGUCCUUUGAACUGUGACCAGUCAUGUCGCCGCAUUGGUUUCCCUGGUGGGGCCUGUGUGAAUGGCAAAUGCAAAUGUGAUAUCAUAUUAAGUCUCAAAGAUUUUAACCAAGAAACCCAAAUGUAUAAUCUUCACUUAUCUGUAAUAAUAAAAAUUGUCUCAGAUUUUAAUCAAGAAAGCCCUUUGAACUGUGACCAGUCAUGUCGUCGCAUUGGUUUCCCUGGUGGGGCCUGUGUGAAUGGCAAAUGCAAAUGUGAUAUCAUAUUAAGUCUCAAAGAUUUUAACCAAGAAAGCUUACAGGAGUACAGUAGCUGCAGUCCUUUGAACUGUGACCAGUCAUGUCGCCGCAUUGGUUUCCCUGGUGGGGCCUGUGUGAAUGGCAAAUGCAAAUGUGAUAUCAUAUUAAGUCUCAAAGAUUUUAACCAAGAAAGCUUACAGGAGUACAGUAGCUGCAGUCCCUUGAACUGUGACCAGUCAUGUCGCCGCAUUGGUUUCCCUGGUGGGGCCUGUGUGAAUGGCAAAUGCAAAUGUGAUAUCAUAUUAAGUCUCAAAGAUGUACUUGGUGACUUCCUGACAAUGAAUAUCUGUAACAAUUCUGUUUGUAACCGUAUGUGUCAGGAAAUGAACAACCACAGCGGCAUGUGCUUGGGAGGCGACUGCAAAUGUUUCUAA